AUGGCAGGUCAAUCUGCGCCAGCGCCGGCAAUACUCGCCUCUGCCCUUCUAAACGCAGCCCUUCGAAAUAGCCAUGUUCAUGAGCUCCAACACCUCGAAAGCGGGGAGAGGGCGCCAUGGGACCUGACUAGAGACAUCGAGGAGGGAGUAUCGUUUUUCCCUGCCCAAUCUAUCCUCAGUUGUGGCCGGGUUAUUGGGAUAUCAGGACUGCAGUCGAUGAGAACGAAGGGCCCAAGAGAGGGAAUGGAUGAUGAUAUUCGAUCUUGGGUGGAUGAGGUCUCGCAACACAUUCUUGUUACCCUCCUCAGCAAAUAUACCCCUGGUCUGUCUUUUCCAAGGGCAUUUUUAAUCCAGUAUUUUGAUUCACGACCCCUUUCGUCUCAAAGUAUAUAUCCGUCCAUUCAACAGCGACUGCCAGACCGCUCAGCGGAAGAGAUCGAAUCAAUCCUUGGCAACCUGCAAACACACCGCGUGUAUGAUUUUGAUGAAUUGCUCCAAGCUGUAUCUCAGGUGUCAGAUACUCUAUUUGAGUUCAACCAAUUGCACAGAGGGCUAGAAAUCAAAGAAACGGAGUGCAGCUCCACACAGAUCCUCCUCCUCAUCGAAGGCAUAGAUCAAUCGCUUGAGGAAACCAUCCGCUUCUCAAACCCAGGGGCAGCGCAGGCCCGUCUCAUCCCGCUACUAAGGACACUGACUGUUCUAUCACGAACUUAUGCUUCCUUCUUAUCUGUCAUCCUUGUCAAUUCCAUCUCUCUACCGUAUAUUCCUUCAAUAGAUCUGGCUAGGGAAGAGGCUUCCACCGACGGGAAUGAUACAAAUGCCUGGCAGCGACAACAUCCCCAACAUAGCCAGCAGAUGGAUCAGCAACAACAGCACCACCCUAAUGUCCCUGUGCAUUCUAUUUUUGCGAAAAUUCCCGAACAGGCAAAUCAUCAUUCAAAGAAAAUCCCCCUAUCCACAUAUUUGUCUCCUCUCGCGCGGUCGUUGGACCAGGGCUGUGACGUGCAUCUCCUAGUUUCCCGAGUUGAGGGGCAAAUGGUCAUUGAAGUCGCGAAGGAUAGAGUAGGAGACAAAGUUGGGCUGUGGUGUGCUUUGUGA